AUGAAAGCUUCCCCGACAGUAAUUCCACGUUACAGUCUGCGUCUCGUGGCUUUGUUUGUGAUGUGCUGUGCCAUUUUGGCUCACCUCUCUGCCACGAAUGAAAUUCGGUCCGAGCAAAGUCAAAGAGAACAAAUUGUCGACCGAGUGUUUGAUGACAGCUCUAAAAUUGGCGAUGGUGAAAAACGUACCUUGUUGCAUCGUCAGCGAAAAUCAGCUAAAAAUAAUGUGAUGGUCAGUCUUUCGGAGGUCCAAAAAAUGCUAAGAGCCAUAGAAGAAAGGUAAGUCUUCGUGCGAUCGUUUGCCGGUUUUUUUUUUUUUUUCAAUAUAUCAGAUCGGUGAUACUUUUUGACUGAAACACUAGUUUUUACGCAACUGAGAUUCUUUGCGAAAUUACUGCGCAGCCUUAUCAACUGUAACUGCUGAUAUUCGGAAAAAUUCUCACCUUCGCAAAGUUUUCGAGAAAAUAUACUGAGGCCAUUGUAAAUUCACAAAAGGCUUGAGUUGCCCUAGGAUGACACCGAACAGAUGUAAAUUCAUUAGCACCACUUAGAAUGAAAUGUCAAGAGAUGUAAAAGUAAUCUGUAUAUAUAUAUGUAGUCUAAAAAGCGUUUUCAAUGUAUUUUUGGGAUAAACCCGUAGUUGGGUGCCCCUGAAUUAUCACGCCGGCCGCCAACAGCUAUUAAUUCUCGCAUAUAUAUUAUAGUUCAAGUUAGCGGAACAAAGUUGUAUAUUUGCAUGAGAGGGUCUAAAUCUCAUGGCGUGUGAUCUACGGAGACAUCAAACCUUGGCAAAAGGACCAACUUUCAAAAACAGUCUAAACUAAAUAAAACGAAAGAGCCAUAAAGAAAAAUAUCACCACCGAAUGGAUCUAUAAGUGCUGAUGAAGAGGACGUAUACCAGGCAAAAGACAAAGAAUCGAAAAAUUUAAUAGUCCAAACAAAAAAACCCAGACCUUUUCGAAAAGGAAGCUGAUUUCAAUAAUCUCUCCCUAUCUUAGUCCAUUGAAUACAGUGAAAUUUUCUAGCAGGGUUAUUAGCUAACAUUUAACAACUGAAAUGGCAUUAACUUCAAAGGACCGCAAGCGAAUUUUUCGCAGGACGUAGUAUCUAAAGGAAAUCUGAUAAGCAAAAAUAUACCAAGAGAACAUAAAAUCUGCAAAGCUGAUCGUGCUAAGUUGAUAUAAACUUUGGAAGACGUUAACACGACACCGAUAAAAACGUAAACAGGGCAGGCUUGUAGCUAAUAACCACCACGAACACUUCCAGCUACUCUUUCACCAGUCGCGCAUCAAUAGCUAGUAGUCAACCAGUCAAAAAAUCCGCGAUCACCUUUUCAGUUUCCGGGGGUGAUUAGUUUAUUCCUCCCUCCCUCCCUCCAUCCAUCCAUUUCAUUCUUCCUUCUUUCCUUCAUUCUUGUAUUCAUCCAUCCAUCCAUCCAUUGUAUCCAUUCAUUCAUUCAUUCCUUCAUUCAUUCAUUCAUUCAUUCAUUCAUUCAUUCAUUCAUUCAUUCAUUCAUUCAUUCAUUCAUUCCUUCAUUCCUUCAUUCCUUCAUUCCCAUUCAUUCCUUCAUUCCUUCAUUCAUUCAUUCCUUCAUUCCUUCAUUCCUUCAUUCAUUCAUUCAUUCAUUCCUUCAUUCCUUCAUUCCUUCAUUCCUUCAUUCCUUCAUUCCUUCAUUCAUUCAUUCAUUCCUUCAUUCCUUCAUUCCUUCAUUCCUUCAUUCCUUCAUUCCUUCAUUCCUUCAUUCCUUCAUUCCUUCAUUCCUUCAUUCCUUCAUUCCUUCAUUCCUUCAUUCCUUCAUUCCUUCAUUCCUUCAUUCCUUCAUUCCUUCAUUCAUUCCUUCCUUCAUUCCUUCAUUCAUUCAUUCAUUCAUUCAUUCAUUCAUUCAUUCAUUCAUUCAUUCAUUCAUUCAUUCCUUCAUUCAUUCAUUCAUUCAUUCAUUCAUUCAAUCAUUCAUUCAUUCAUUCAUUCAUUCAUUCAUUCAUUCAUUCAUUCAUUCAUUCAUUCAUUCAUUCAUUCAUUUUCAUUCAUUCAUUCAUUUCAUUCCUUCAUUCAUUCAUUCAUUCAUUCAUUCAUUCAUUCAUUCAUUCAUUCAUUCAUUCAUUCAUUCAUUCAUUCAUUCAUUCAUUCAUUCAUUCAUUCAUUCAUUCAUUCAUUCAUUCAUUCAUUCAUUCAUUCAUUCAUUCAUUCAUUCAUUCAUUCAUUCAUUCAUUCAUUCAUUCAUUCAUUCAUUCAUUCAUUCAUUCAUUCAUUCAUUCAAUCAUUCAUUCAUUCAUUCAUUCAUUCAUUCAUUCAUUCAUUCAUUCAUUCAUUCAUUCAUUUCAUUCAUUCAUUCAUUCAUUCAUUCAUUCAUUCAUUCAUUCAUUCAUUCAUUCAUUCAUUCAUUCAUUCAUUCAUUCAUUCAUUCAUUCAUUCAUUCAUUUCAUUCAUUCAUUCAUUCAUUCAUUCAUUCAUUCAUUCAUUCAUUCAUUCAUUCAUUCAUUCAUUCAUUCAUUCAUUCAUUCAUUUCAUUCAUUCAUUCAUUCAUUCAUUUCAUUCAUUCAUUCAUUCAUUCAUUCAUUCAUUCAUUCAUUCAUUCAUUCAUUCAUUCAUUCAUUCAUUCAUUCAUUCAUUCAUUUCAUUCAUUCAUUCAUUCAUUCAUUCAUUCAUUCAUUCAUUCAUUCAUUCAUUCAUUCAUUCAUUCAUUCAUUCAUUCAUUCAUUCAUUCAUUCAUUCAUUCAUUCAUUCAUUCAUUCAUUCAUUCAUUCAUUCAUUCAUUCAUUCAUUCAUUCAUUCAUUCAUUCAUUCAUUCAUUCAUUCAUUCAUUCAUUCAUUCAUUCAUUCAUUCAUUCAUUCAUUCAUUCAUUCAUUUCAUUCAUUUCAUUCAUUUCAUUUUCAUUCAUUCAUUUCAUUCAUUCAUUCAUUCAUUCAUUCAUUCAUUCAUUCAUUUCAUUCAUUCAUUCAUUCAUUCAUUCAUUCAUUCAUUCAUUCAUUCAUUCAUUCAUUCAUUCAUUCAUUUCAUUCAUUCAUUCAUUCAUUUCAUUCAUUCAUUCAUUCAUUCAUUCAUUCAUUCAUUCAUUCAUUCAUUCAUUCAUUCAUUCAUUCAUUCAUUCAUUCAUUCAUUCAUUCAUUCAUUUCAUUCAUUCAUUCAUUCAUUCAUUCAUUCAUUCAUUCAUUCAUUCAUUUCAUUCAUUCAUUCAUUCAUUCAUUCAUUCAUUCAUUCAUUCAUUUCAUUCAUUCAUUCAUUCAUUCAUUCAUUCAUUCAUUCAUUCAUUCAUUCAUUCAUUCAUUCAUUCAUUCAUUCAUUCAUUCAUUCAUUCAUUCAUUCAUUCAUUCAUUCAUUCAUUCAUUCAUUCAUUCAUUCAUUCAUUCAUUCAUUCAUUCAUUCAUUCAUUCAUUCAUUCAUUCAUUCAUUCAUUCAUUCAUUCAUUCAUUCAUUCAUUCAUUUCAUUCAUUCAUUCAUUCAUUCAUUCAUUCAUUCAUUCAUUCAUUCAUUCAUUCAUUCAUUCAUUCAUUCAUUCAUUCAUUCAUUUCAUUUCAUUUCAUUUCAUUCAUUCAUUUCAUUUCAUUCAUUCAUUCAUUCAUUCAUUCAUUCAUUCAUUCAUUCAUUCAUUCAUUCAUUCAUUCAUUCAUUCAUUCAUUCAUUCAUUCAUUCAUUCAUUCAUUCAUUCAUUCAUUCAUUCAUUCAUUCAUUCAUUCAUUCAUUCAUUCAUUCAUUCAUUCAUUCAUUCAUUCAUUCAUUCAUUCAUUCAUUCAUUCAUUCAUUCAUUCAUUCAUUCAUUCAUUCAUUCAUUCAUUCAUUCAUUCAUUCAUUCAUUCAUUCAUUCAUUCAUUCAUUCAUUCAUUCAUUCAUUCAUUCAUUCAUUCAUUCAUUCAUUCAUUCAUUCAUUCAUUCAUUCAUUCAUUCAUUCAUUCAUUCAUUCAUUCAUUCAUUCAUUCAUUUAUUCAUUCAUUCAUUUCAUUCAUUCAUUCAUUUCAUUCAUUCAUUCAUUCAUUCAUUCAUUCAUUCAUUCAUUCAUUCAUUCAUUCAUUCAUUCAUUCAUUCAUUCAUUCAUUCAUUCAUUCAUUCAUUCAUUCAUUCAUUCAUUCAUUCAUUCAUUCAUUCAUUCAUUCAUUCAUUCAUUCAUUCAUUCAUUCAUUCAUUCAUUCCAUUCAUUCAUUCAUUCAUUCAUUCAUUCAUUUCAUUCAUUCAAUCAUUCAUUCAUUCAUUCCAUUCAUUCAUUCGUUCCUUUGUUUGUUCGUCCGUCCCUCCGUCCAUUCCUAAUCCUUUCCCAUUUCCUUUUUUUCCUUUAUUUUCAUCUCUCCAUGUUUAUUUUUCUCGUUAUCCGUUGUGGCGUUUGUUUCAUUAUAGGUUCAUCGUCUAAUCUCAAUGUGAAUUUGUUUUGCUUUAUUCCUGACCGAUCCAAAAAAAGCUAAGUACGAAUUAAUUUACGAACAAAGGAUGACUGCUAGUCUGUAACAGUUGGGAUUUUAUAGCUGCUGGCGAUGCGUGUCUUUUUCUUUCUUGACAGACACAAUAAAAGUGCGAGCUUGAUGGAAAAGCGAUUUCAAGAAAUGGAAAAGCGGUUUAUAAAACGGUACGUAUGCUGUUAGUGUAUUAAUCAAUUAUCCAUGGAAACCUUACAGUUUCUUGUUAAUCUUUGGUUAUACAUGUAAUAUAAUUUUGGGAUUUAACAAUGAAUUUAUCUUUCUGCAGACUCGACGCAUUGGUGCAAACACCGCACUCAAGUGACUCGUCACUAUUGUCCUACCUACUUGGUUUGUACACUAGUGUUAAAAAAGGAAUGGCCAAACUGACUAGCCAAUUGGUCGUAUAACAGAGCACAACCAAAAGCUGCCUAAAUUAAAAAAAAAACGAACGAAUGAACAAACUAACGAACCACAAAUUAAAGAGAAAACAAAAACAAACAAACAAACAAACAACGUGAAAAGAAGAUUCCCAGUUCUCUCGCAAUUAUAUUAUAUUAUAUUAUAUUAUAUUAUAUUAUAUUAUAUUAUAUUACUUUAAGAAGAUUUGGUUUCAUUUUUUUAAUGUUGGAUAUGGUGCAUUCGAAUUUUUAGACCAUCCAUUAAGCUCCUUUUAAUUGAUAAAAUGACGAAAUGUAACGCCUAAAUAUCUCUGGCUAUUGUUAUUUAAUUGGAUCAUACAUGUAGUAUCUCUUCAAUUUAUACGUGUUUCAGUGCGAGAUGGCCGCAAUUACGGAAAACAAUCAAUGGGGCCACCCGGACCCCCAGGGAAACCAGGAGUAAGAGGUAAGCAAGAUUUGUCUACUGCUUUAUGUUGGCGUUACCAGUUGUCUACUUUUUGUAAGGUAUAGGGCUGCCUCAUAGAAAAUAUCUAAAAGCUAACUUAACUAGGAGGGCAUUAAUAAAACUAAUAAUGGACUAUUUCAAUUAUAAAUGAGGUUGUUAAAUGGAGGUGCACAUUUUAAUACAGCUGUUAUUAGCUCUCUUAGUUAUAGUUCUGUCAGUAAGAAGGAAGCAAGGUGAGAAAGCUUACCUCAUCUCCACACGUACACUUCUAUCAUCAAAUUAGUCCGUGAUAAACUCAAGUUAAUGCCUAAUGUUUAACUUUUGUAAUGAGCCUCUCAGAUUUGUUGAUAUUGUUUUUCUUAAUCAAAAUGUAAAUUUUCAUUGAAGUAUUCCCAUAUGAUAGACAUGGUCAUAGGAACAAACAUGCAUUUUUGAUAAUGAUUAUCGUAAUUGUGUCCCUCUAGGUCCUAAAGGGGAUAAGGGAGCUCAAGGAGCUAAAGGCGAUAAAGGACAAGCUGCCAGUUCUGGGGUGAAGUACGUUCGCUGGGGAAAGACCACAUGCCCUAAUGGUGCUCAGAUUGUCUAUAAAGGUACAAAAAGGCGAUGACGUUAUCCUUUAUUUAAUUGAUGUAUUCAACAAAAGGAAAAUCAAAUUAACUAGGAAACAGGAACAAUUGAUGACAAUAUCUCUUCAUUUUCUUUAUUCUAGCAACGGAACCGAGAUAGCAUGUUCAAGGAUUUUAUGAAUCCCUCAUACUUCUAAUUAUAAUUUUUAAUUUUAAAGCUUAUAUAAUAUUUUGGUAGCCUUUUAGGACCAAAGGUACAUUGCCCAACAAAGCUAUUAAGUUCUACCCCAAGUCAAUGCGUUUUUCAGAACAUUAAGAGGAAGAUGGUUCGCAAUACGACACUGUUACUCAUAAGUUUGAACAUAUUAUUCUUCAUGACUGGAAUUUCUAAGUUCACAAGUCAUUCACUUAACUUCAUAAUGGAUGUUUUCAGAGUUUUUAGUUGAAUUGAGUUAACAGAUCCCUAACUUUUCUACUUGUUAGGUAUCAUGGGUGGAGAGCAUUACACUCACACUGGAGGUGGAGGGAACUACCUUUGCCUUCCAAAGACUCCAAAGUACGACAAGUACAAAAAUGGCCACCAGGGUGGCGGAUACGUAUACGGAGCUGAGUACGAACUCUCGUUUAACCCAUUCAAGAAAAGUCUUAACCAACACGAUCCACCUUGCGUUGUCUGCUUUGUCAAGUCACGUGGUUCGCUGCUGAUGAUUCCUGCAAGGAACGAUUGCCCCACUGGAUGGACCGAGGAGUAUCAUGGGUACCUGAUGACUGAACAUUAUACCCACAAGAAGCAACGUGAUUUCGUCUGCGUUGACAAAGACGCUGAGUCUGUCCCUGGCAGCCAGGCAAACAAGAAUAGUGCAUUACUCUACUUUGUGGAAGGAGUGUGUGGCAACCUACCAUGUAGUUCAUAUGUCAACGGUCGAGAGUUGACUUGUGCUGUGUGCACCAAGUGAAAGAAAUAAUUUUUUUUUCUACUGUGGGUUUCAAGGGGCAAAA